AUGGGACCAGAGGAGAGCAUGGGACCAGAGGAGAGCAUGGGACCCGAGGAGAGCAGAGGACCUGGGGAGAGCUUGGGACCAUGGAAGAGCAUGGGACCAGAGGAGAGCAUGGGACCAGAGGAGAGCAUGGGACCAGAGGAGAGCAUGGGACCAGAGGAGAGCAUGGGACCAGAGGACAGCAUGGGACCCGAGGAGAGCAGAGGACCAGGGGAGAGCUUGGGACCAUGGAAGAGCAUGGGACAAGAGGAGAGCAGAAGAUUGAGAGAGAGCAGAGGACAAUGGGAAAGAAUGGGACCAGAGGAGAGCGGAGGACCAGGGGAGAGCACGGGGACUGGACACGACAGAAGGACUGACACGACCCCUGGACACUCCCAGACACGACCCCUGGACACUCCCAGACCAUGUGGAAAAAAGUGCCAGUAA